AUGAAUUCCGGGGCGCUGGCUGCUGCUGCUGCUGCUGCGCUCCGUCGCCAGACCAGCAGCAGCAGCAGCAGCAGCAACAGCAGCAGCAGCAGCAGCAACAGGAACGACUCUAAUACCAACGGCUUUUCUCCCCCGUCUGUCUCUUCAGCUGCUGCAGCUUCAGACCACCCACAGGCGCCUACAGCUACCUCUGCAGCAGCAGCAGCAGCAGGAGCAGCAGCAGGGCGUGCAUGCAGUGCUAGAACGCCUAUCUGUGUGUCAACAUCUCCUUGUAUAAGGACAGCCUCACAUGAAAGCAGCAGCAAAAUAAAGAUAGAAGAUAAUAUAUUAGGCGUUAAUGUCUGCUUUCCUUACACUCUUUAUCCUUCACAGAGACAGCUUAUCAAAGUUGUGCUGCAGUCGUGCUUAAACGGAGAGCAUGCACUAUUAGAAAGCCCCACAGGGACGGGCAAGACCCUUUGUUUGCUUUCUGCUGCUCUCGCAGUCCAGCAGCAGCAGCAGCUGCUGCUGCAGCAGCAGCUCCUGCUGCGAAAAAACAACAAUCAAACUGCCGCAGCUAUAGCUGCUCGUAGACACCUCCAGCAGCACCAACACCAGCAGCAGCAGCAGCAGCAUCUGCUGCUGCAGCAGCAGCAUGUCCCUGUUGUUAACAAAAUAAUUUAUGCUUCGCGCACACAUGGCCAGCUGCAGCACGUAAUGCAGGAAUUAAGAAAAACCCCUUAUGCUGCUUCUUGGGCUAAUAACCCUUUCCUGCAGCAGCUGCAGCAGCAGCAGCAGCAACUGCAGCAACUCAAACUGCAGCAGCAACAUAAAACAGAUACGAAAAAGACAUCUCAAGUUGUGGGGUGGAGUGCGCUCGCUCCGCCUUCUGCUUCUGCUGCUGCUGCUGCUGCUGCAGGACCAGCAGCUAGUACGGCCCCAGCAGCAGCAGCAGCAGUAAAAGGUGCAGCAGCACAAGUGAAGUCUGAAGCAGCACCAUCAGCAGCAGCAGCAGCACCAGGAGCACAAGUGAAGUCUGAACUAGCAGCAGGCGCAGCAGCAGCAGGAGGCUCUUCUCCUUCUCCCACCCCACCCUCCGCAGCAGCCGCAGCAGCAGCAGCAGCAGCAACAGCAGCAGCAGCAGCAGCAGCAGGUCGUAGUAGCGGCAUCCGCGCGUGUGUAUUGGCUUCUCGCGAUUAUUUGUGUGUAAAUUCAUCGCUCAAAAAUAUCAAAGGCGGAGCCCUCACGUGCCCUUACUACUCGGGUUAUUUGCGUCUCAAAGAUUUUCUGUCUGCUAAUUUAUUUUCGACUGAAGGCGGCGGCCUCGACAUCGAAGAACUCAAAACCCUCGCAACCUCCGGCUGCGACAUAUUCUGCCCAUUUUAUUUUACGCGGGAGUCGCAGCACCGCUGCGAAGUAAUUUUGACGCCGUAUAAUUAUUUGCUGUCUUCAAACAAAAACAACAAAAUCUUAUCUUCAGAUCUUCUCUGCAAUUCAAUUGUCUUAGUUGAUGAGGCUCACAACAUUGAACAGGUUGCUGAGGACGCCUGGUCGUUUACUCUGCGCCAAGUGGAUGUGGGGAGGGCAUUAGCAGCACUGCAGCAAGUUGCUGCUCUUCUGUGCGAUGAAGAAGCAGCAGCAGCCGCAGCAGCAGCAGCAGCACCAGCAGCAGAAGCAGAAACACCGCUUCCCAGCCCUGCAGCUGUCUAUACACUCGGAGAGAGCCUUCAGAGGCUUGACAAGUGGCUAGCAGAUCUGGAGUUGAAUGCACCUACAGCGCAGCUUUCGACCCCCCACCGUUUGCUGCGGCUACCUGACUUGGCUCCUGCUGUGCGUCAAGUUGCUGCUGCUGCUGCUGCUGCUGCUGCUGCAUCUGGGGGUGCAAGCAGCUGUACGUACACCCCAAGGCGCCGCAUUGAUCUGCAGCUGCAGCAAACCGACGAACCAAUCGUCGGCUUCUUAGGAUUUCAAACAGAAGCAGAGCUCUCUCAAACACUAGAAAGGAGCAUCGAUUUGCUGGAGCGCAGCGGCGCUGCAGCAGAAGAGGGCCGCUCAGCCCUCGUUGAAGCUGCUGUUGCACUUCAACACCUCAGAGAAGCUGCUGAUGUUUUGUUUGGAGAGACAACUGCAGCACAUGAAGAUUUAUUUAGGGUGUACGUACACCCCGAUGCACUGCAUGUAAAGUUAGGAGAAGCAGCAGACGAAGAUAAAAUUAAAGAAGAGCAAAAAGAUUUCGAUAAAGACGCAUGCAGAGCAAAAGCAAUUACAGUUUUGUGUUUAUCUCCGGCGCCUGCCUUUGCGUCUGUCGCCGCCCACGGAAUUCGCUCGCUACUCUGCGCAUCAGGGACUCUGUCUCCUUUGGAGCCCUUAGCGGCUCGUCUUCGUUCUUCUGCGUUUUCGCCUUCGCAUUUCUUUACUGGGCAGCACUUUGCCUCCAACCGGCAGGUGCAGGCGCUGCUGCUAACAGCAGCAGAUCCUCACAAAGCAGCUAUACACUGCAGCAGCAGCAGCAGCAGCAGCAGCAGCAGCAGCAGAGGGGGAGGUUUGCUGCCGGAUGGAGAGGAAAAAGAAAAUGCUCAGCAACUUCUUGCAGUCUACAAGCUCCGAGUAGAGCAUGUGCAACAGCAACAGCAGCAGCAGCAACAGCAGCAGCAGCAGCAGCAGCAGCCGCAGCAGCACCCAUAUCAGCAGCACCCACAGCAGCAGCAGCAGCAGCAGCAGGAUGCUAUGUUUGUGUGUAUAGGGGCUAGACUUGGGCGACCACUACUGCCGAUGCGUGAUAGUCUGUGGGGUGCCGUUUGCUUCUUUGAAAGACCCGCGAAUUCAGCUAAAGCGGAUUUUCUUAGAUGA